AAAUUCUCCGAUUGGUUAAGCUAGUCACGUGACGAAUAAAAUCUUCAAUGAUUUGCAUUUAGUUCGGUAGGUGGCGAUACCAAGGAAACACAGUAAGUCAUCAAAAAUUCCAAAGUGUAUCGGUGAAUAAAUGGAGGACUGAUCAUAGAAAGGCUCACACUCAUGAAAGCGAAAUUGUAUUUUUUCCUUAAUUAUAAAUUCCAAUAAUAUAAUUAUAGAAAAACGAACUAUUUUAUCAAUGACUAAGAUUAUAUAGUUAUAAAGUUACGUUUGUGCUCAUAUUAUUUUUUAUUUUCUCGUGAAUGAAUUUAAUUAAAUAGUGUUAAUCAAUUAUUGUUAUAACCAUAAUUAUAUUCGUAAUACGAUCGUAAAUAUUCGUUAAAUUAAUAAAAAACCGGUUUAAAAUUCUCAAGUGCUAAUAUAUUUUGAGUUAAAAUGUCUCAAAUUUCCUGUUGUAUUAUGUUUUAUGUAACGUGAUGGAAUUAUAUUAUUGAUAAAAUUUUGUACCAAGUAAAUGGGGAGGAUCUUUAUAUCCACACAUUCGAAUGAUCAAUGGACUUCCGUGUUGAACUUUUACUAUCAAUAUUUCAUCUGGUGUAUCGAUUUCGUCACAACGGAAGAAAAUGAUCAAUUGUAUUGUCAAUCCCGGUGGAAUGAUAUUUUUAUUCUCGAUCACGGGUUUUAUCACAAUCCAGAAUUUAGAAUGAUAUGGCUGUUUUCUUAAAUAAUAUCUUACAGCAUUUAUUUCUGAAUUAAAAAAUGGCUGAUGAAGAAGAAGAGAAAGAAUAUAGAUGGGAGACUGGUUAUGAAAAGACAUGGGAAGCUAUCAAAGAAGAUGAUCAUGGAUUAUUGGAAGCAUCAGUUGCAGAUAUUAUUCACAAUGUUAAAAGAAAGCGUCAGAUGGAAAAAAAGGUUGGUGCUAGAUUAGGAAUGAUGAGGCAUAUUUAUGUAAUUCUUGAUGCUUCAGAAUCAAUGUCUAUUCAAGAUUUAAAACCAACUCGUUUUUUAUGUUCAUUAAAGCUUUUAGAAGAUUUUAUUGAAGAAUUUUUUUAUCAAAAUCCUAUUAGUCAGUUAGGAGUAAUUAUCACAAGGAAUAAAAGAGCAGAAAAAGUUAGUGAAUUAACUGGAAAUUCUAAAAAACAUAUUAAGGAAGUACAAAGUAUGCAACAAAUUACUCCAGCAGGUGAACCUUCAUUACAAAAUUCUAUAGAACUAGCUUUAAAAUCAUUACGUCUUCUACCAUCACAUGCUAGCAAAGAAAUACUUAUAAUAGUGGGAGCACUUACAACAUGUGAUCCAGGAGAUAUCAAUGAAACUAUUAAAAAUAUGAAAUCAGAUUCCGUCAGGUGUAGUGUGAUAGGAUUGGCUGCUGAAUUAUAUAUUUGUAAAAGAAUGGCUACAGCAACUGGUGGAGAGCAUGGUGUUGCACUAGAUGAUAAACAUUACAAAGAACAAUUAAAUAUGCAUAUAGAUCCACCACCAGCUGCUACUAGAUUAGAUGCUGCUCUUGUAAAAAUGGGUUUUCCUCAUCAUGCAUUACAUUCUUCUACAAAUGAUUCAGCUAUGGCAGUUUGCAUGUGUCAUGCAGAAAGUUCAGAUGAAUCUGUUAAACUUCUUAGUACAGGAUAUCUCUGUCCUCAAUGUCUCAGCAAACAUUGUGAACUUCCAGUAGAAUGUAGAGCAUGUGGAUUAACUUUGGUAUCUGCUCCACAUUUAGCACGAUCUUAUCAUUAUUUAUUUCCUGUUGAACCUUUCAAAGAAGUUGAAUAUAGGAAAGAAGUUACAUUUGAGCAUCCUUCAAUUUGUUAUGGUUGUCAAAAAAUAUUUUCACAAAAAGAUAAAAAGGUGUAUAUUUGCAAUAAAUGUAAUCAAACAUUUUGUUUAGAUUGUGAAAUAUUUAUUCAUGAAUCUUUACAUACAUGUCCAGGCUGUGCUACUAAUCCUGAUACAUAUCAAAAACCCACAGAUAGAAUUUAAUUUAUUUAAUGUAUGUAAAAUAAAAUUAAUAAUUUUAAUAAUUUUUAUUUAAUAAUUUAUUUUAAACGAAAUAGAAAAUAUUAUAACUUAGGCCAGUUUUAUAUAUGAAGAAUUUUUAUAUUGUGGAAUUGAUGAUACAUAUAAAAAAUAUUGUCUCUUAUUAAAGAGAAAUGGAUCAAUGAAAAGACAAUAAUAAUGAUAAUAAAUA